AUGUGGAAUGGCGUCCAGGAGAAGUCGUGGUCAUUCUUGUCGCCGCCUGGUCUAUUGCGUGAUAAAGGAGUGCGAACGGGAGAGUACAAGGUCUUUGUGGACAGUCCCGAGGACCCUGCGGUUGAGGCAGCGAACGGCGGUAUCUACAACGAGGACAUGGCCGUUGCUAUCGUCGAUGAGGUUGAGAACAACAAAUUAGCGUAUAAGCACUGGAGUUGCACCGGUUCCAUCGGGCUGGGCAAGUGGUAG